AUGUUUGUUGAGUCGGUUGAUGCUUCUAGCUAUUCAAAGGAUGGGCAGAAGUUAUUUGAAUUACUAGACAAGUUUGUGGAGAAAGUUGGAAAAGAGAAUGUGGUGCAAGUUAUCACUGAUAGUGCUGCAGCUAAUGUGUUGGCAGCCAAGUAUGAACACUUGUAUUGGACGCCAUGUGCUGCUCAUUGCUUGGACUUGAUGUUAGAAGACAUUUUCAAGAUACCUAGACUAAAAAAGACAUUUAAAAGGGGUAUUGCGGUACAUGGCUACAUUUACAACCGGCCUACGUUGCUGAACAUGAUGAGGCGUUAUACACAUCUGAAGAAUUUGAUCAAGCCUGCAAAAACUAGAUUUGCAACCGCCUUUCUGACUUUGUCUAGGAUGCAUCAACAAAAAAAUAAUUUGAGAAAGAUGGUCACCUCCGAAGACUGGACCUCAAGCAAAUGGGCAAAGGAGCCACAAGGUAAAAGAAUGGCACAAACUUUGUUGAUGCCUUCAUUUUGGAAUAUUGUUGUGUUUGCCCUUAAGGUCUCGGGUCCUCUCGUCAAAGUGCUUAGAUUUGUUGAUACCGAGAUGAAACCUCCCAUGGGAUACAUUUAUGAGGCAAUGGAUAGGGCAAAAGAAUGCAUUGCAAGUUCAUUUGAUCAUAAAGAAGAGAAGUAUAAUGAAAUCUUUGAAAUCAUCGACAAAAUAUGGGAUGUCCAAUUGCAUCAGCCUUUACAUGCAGGUGCACAUUUUCUUAACCCAGAAUUCUUUUACCCAAAAGUGCUUGAGGUGCAAAAAGAUCAUGAAGUGAUGAAUGGGUUUUAUGAAUGCAUGCAAAGGUUGGUCCCAGUGUCACUGUUCAAGAUUUGA